UUUUAGCGGUUCGUUGUUGAAAGCAUAAGCCUGGCUCAAUCUUACAAGUUUACAAUUCCACCUAAUCGAUUGGCAUUUGCUGCAGUUUUAUCGACAGCUUCGGUACGGCAAUAAACAUGAAGCGUUUAUAAGCAGGUCUGACCGGGGUGUUAAAAAUUUCAAUACGGUACAAUAUUACGCACGAUCCAUUAGGAAACUAUCGCUGUUUUUGUUUUAAAACUGAGAGGAUGUCUUUUGCACUUUUCAGCUGUAAGUCAGCCGGACACGGUGGAUUCGUCUUAAAAUGGGUAGUCAGGCUUGUGCUGGCGACAGGUCUUGGAGUAUCUUGCUACGCACUGGUGACUGGUAUAAGCACUCUUACCAGGUUUCCAUCUAUUUGGGAAAGGAUAUCAUUUCCAACAAAGGAGGGACGUCUUCGUCAAUGGAACGUCGACAAAGAUGACACUGGUCCAAGCAAGGGUCUGCUGUUAAAGAAAGAGUCAGUACAAUUAGCAAAUAUUGACAACCGGAUUCAAGGUAUUGCUUUCAACCAAACUUACAAGGACACUUUAGCUGAAGACCUGCAGAGGAGAGACAGACUCAGACCAUGGAAUUGGCGACUCAGUGAGAGUCAUUUCAUCCCUGACACACAGUUUUUAAACUACAUGACCUGUCCAACGUCAGUACGUAAAAAACUUCUUCUUGAGUCGUUUGUUCGCUAUAAAUAUGUGCCUGAGAUUCCAUUGUUGAUGUGGAGUAAACAUUACAGCAAAGAGGAGUAUGCACGUUUAUCACACUUUCACAGUAUCUACGGGUGGGAGGUUGCUAACGAAAGCGUAAUUGCCUCAGCACUCAGCCUUCUGAAUACAUCAAGCAACACGUACAUGUUUGACAAGGACCGAUCACCGGGAGAAGAUGGAUGCACAUCCUGUGCUGUCAUCGGAAACGGUGGCAUCUUGAAUGGUUCAAAGAUGGGAAAAGAGAUCGAUGCCCAUGAUUAUGUCUUCAGGGUCAAUAUUGCUGUAACUAAAGGUCACGAGGAGGACGUAGGGAGCAAAACAUCAUUUUAUUGUGCAGCCUUCCGGUCUCUCUCAAACUCUUUAAUUAGCGGAAGGCCAUAUGGCUUCAAAGUACCGCCAUACCAACAGGGAAUCCGGUAUAUUUUCUUCCCUAAAACAAGAUGGGCCUACAUGUUUCUUGGUGCUGUGUUAAGAGGCAACGCUGCACCCCGAAAUCCCGAGGAUGGCAGAUUACCCCCGAAAUUCCAGACGAAGCUGACAGCAGAGGACAUCAAGCUUGUACAUCCAGAUUUUGAAAGAUAUAUCAGAGACAGAUGGAUCAACUCCACCCGCCGUAAAAACGUACAAAUUUAUCGUCCAUCAACCGGUGCUAUCAUGCUUCUCCUGGCACUACACACCUGCGACAAGGUGGAUGCAUACGGUUUUGCCGGAAGUUUCGAAAAAUACUCAGAGUACUACUACGACGUUGCGUUUACAAAACAUGUAUCGUAUCUCAAUCACGAUAGUCAAAAAGAGAAGGAACUGUGGAUCAAGCUACAUCAACUGGGCAUCAUUAACCUAUACACCAGAGACUAGGUUUACUGGGAAGGUUUUGCUGGAACACCGAUCUCGCAUCUAGUGAAAAUCUCCUGUGACCUGUGCAGGACAAUGGCGGCGGAAGCGGGGGAGGGGGCCAGUGUCCCCCACUUUUUUGACCGGGGCUCAUCCCCCCCUUUUUGCAGGUCCUAUAAUUGGAUGGGGCAGAACAGAUUGAGCUAUUAAUGGCUGAUGCCUGAUGGUCUUAAAACUGCUCCCCCCCCCCUUUUGAAAAUCGUUCCGCCGCCGGUAGUGGAGGAAAAUAAUUGUGCAAAGUUUGUUGCCCUGUAAUAGAGUAUUCAUUGCCAAUUUCCCAGCUCAAAUUGAAUUUUGCACACCGGUUUCAAGUGUACCCAUUUUUAUUGCUCCUAAACUUUAAAUUGAUAAAAGAGUACAAGACGCUGGGUGGGCUAGCCUGUCUUUUCUUCAAUAAGUUUUAUAGGUGAAGCCACAUAAACUUGGAAUUUAAUUGAAUUUUGACAAAUAUUCAAUGACAGUGGCAGAAUGUCGAUGCAUAGAUCUUUUGAGUUUAUAAUCACAUGAAAAGAUUAUUUUGAAAGUUAAUACUCUUUGGAUAAAACGUGCAACCAAGCUUUGAUCUUUUCUAAAGUACUAUACUGCAAUCUUGUAUACUCAAGUUCCUUAUUAAUUUUAGUGAUGACUGUCGUAGAAUGUUUAAAUUACGGGAAUUUCCAGUAAACACUGAAAGUUACACUGACCUGACCAGCUAUUAAGUUUUGAUGUACAUGUCUUUAUUUCAAAGACAUUUGUGUAUCAAAUUCACUGGUUUAAAAAAGUACAGAUAGUUAGAGCCUUGGAUUUAACAGCAACAACUAGCCCUAUCAUUGUUCAAUUUAAAAAAUUUCAAUUUUUCAAUUAAAGUCAGUAUAUGCCUUUUAAUCAUUCUUCGAUUAAAUUUUUUGCUAAAUUCAA